CCGGCUGCCCCUCCCCGACCGCCGGGCCACGCCCCCGGGUCCCUCCAAACCGAUACACUCUAAUUGAUUUAUUAAAUGUCGAGGCAGCUCCUUUUUUAAUAGCCCGAGCUCUCCAUUUAGACAAAAACAGAUCCGAGUUCCUGGUAAAGGCGUUUCUUCUCCUCCUGUCACAAGUGACAGGAACGGAGCCGGCGUGGAGCCCUCGGGACCCGCCUGACGUCGGCGGCGCGGGCAUAAGAGGCGCCGGGGUCCGAGGCGGCCGCUGUGCAGCGCGCGCAACAGCAGAGCGGCGCGUGCGAGUCCUGCGCGUCCUGUGAGCCCCGCAGUGCGCGCUCCGCCGGCCCGGGCGCCGCGAGGCAUGGAGUAGCGGGACCCCGGGACGGACACCGGAGUACGCCCGAAGCUCCAGAGCAGCUCAUCCCUCCAGCCAGCGAGUUCCGGGCGCACGGACCUCCCAGCCUGCCUGCCGAGCGCACGAUGCGCGGGCCCGGGCGCCCCCUCCUCCUGGGGCUGCUGCUCGUGCUGGGCGCAGCGGGGCCCGGCCGGGGAGUCACCGAGCCCCGGGAGGCCGCGGACAGACAGACGCUGCUGCGGCUCAUCGUGGAGAUCAUCCAGGAGCUCAAGAAGUACCACUCGGGGGAGUCCAAGCGACUGCAGCCCCCAGGCCCGCAGGACGCCGCUCCGGGCCGCAGGGAGGCCUCGGACUACGGGCUGGACCCCGAGGAGCAGCGGGCGGAAAUUGUCCCCCGGGACCUGAGGAUGAAGGACAAGUUUCUAAAGCACCUGACAGGUCCGCUCUACUUCAGCCCCAAGUGCAGCAAACACUUCCACAGGCUCUACCACAACACCAGAGACUGCACCGUCCCGGCAUACUACAAGAGGUGUGCCCGGCUGCUGACCCGGCUGGCUGUGAGUCCCGUGUGCAUGGACGGAUGAGCCGCGAGCGAGCCGCGGAGGAAACCCUGCCAAGUGCCUUGGAGACCGACAGGGACCCGGAACCAGCCGCCUGCACGAGCGUGUCCCAGGAAGAGAGAUUUAUUUUUGCAGACUUCCACAGUUCCUGGCGUGUCGUGGGUUGUGGGCAGCGUCUGCGGACACGCACUCAGUCCGUCCGAGCGCCUGGCAGCGGACUUGCGCUCUGCCCUGCGGAACGAGGAGGCGCCGGCCC